AUGCCGCAGGAGGUAAUACGGAAUUCAGCCCUGAACUCUGCCCGGGAUGGCGGCUUUCACGACGACGAGAAGCGGUUAUCCGCGGGCGGAGGUAAUGAGACGAGGUCGCCUUCACCGUCACCUUCGAAUUCGGACUGCGAAUCGCAUCGAGAUGCCGGCAAGAAAGAUGGGCGCAAAGGGAUUAUUGGCGCGACGGUGGGAUUUCUUACCUGGACGCCAAGGAAGAUGCGAUAUGAUCCCAGGAAUCCUCCCCAAUUCACGCUCGGUCUCAACUUCUUGUUCGCAGUUGCUGCGACAUUCACCGUCGCCAAUCUCUACUACAACCAACCAGUCCUCAAUAGGAUCGCAGAGACGUUCAAUGUCAGCUUCGAGAGGGCAUCAUCGGUAGCGACGCUGAUGCAGGCCGGGUACGCAGCGGGGUUGCUCUUCAUCUGCCCUCUGGGCGACAUGCUUCGACGACGGCCGUUCAUCUUGGCCCUUAUCUGGGUGACAGCCAUGCUGUGGCUCGGCCUAUGCCUAACAAACUCCUUCCAAGCCUUCCUAGGCCUGUCCUUCAUCGUCGGCGCCACCACAGUAACACCACAACUCAUGCUCCCCUUGGUAGCAGACAUGGCUCCCCCCGAACGAAAAGCAAGCUCCCUCUCCAUAACAACAUCAGGCCUAAUGCUCGGCAUGCUCAUCGCACGUCUUCUCUCGGGUAUCGUGGCAAACUACACAUCCUGGCGCAACAUCUACUGGUUCUCCUUUGGCGCGCAGAAUUUGUUGUUGGUCCUCCUCUUCUUCUUCGUACCGGAUUACCCGUCGACGAACCCGGAUGGGCUGAACUACUUCCGCGCCCUGUGGACUAUCGUGACGAUGUUGUUUACGGAGCCGAUAUUGGUGCAGGCUUGUCUGAUUGGGUUCUUUAUCAGUUGUAUCUUUACGUCUUUCUGGACGACGUUGACGUUUCUGCUGGCUUCGCCGCCGUAUGAGUACCCGUCUAUUACGAUCGGGUUGUUUUCGCUGAUUGGGAUCGCGGCGAUUUGUGGUGGGCCGGUGUAUGGGCGGUUGAUCAUGGAUCGAUAUGUGCCGUGGCUGUCUUCUGUGCUUGGACAGACUGUUAUCUUGAUCGGGUGUAUCAUUGGUGCCUUCACGGGUACCUUUACCGUUGCUGGGCCCGUGAUCCAGGCUAUUUGCAUCGAUAUGGGUAUUCAGACUGCGCAGACUGCGAACCGGACGGCCAUUUAUACCAUCAACCCCAAGGCUAGGAACCGGGUUAACACGGCGUACAUGGUUUGCGUGUUCUGUGGGCAGCUGACCGGUACGGCGGUGGGUAACAGGCUAUAUGCGCAAGGCGGGUGGAAGUACAGCGCGGGCACCUCGAUCGGAUUCAUCGGGUUAUCGUUGAUCCUCACCAUGCUCAAGGGUCCACGGGAGAAGAGCUGGAUUGGAUGGAACGGCGGCUUCAAGCUGCGGAAAGACGCACCGAAGCCACAGCCGGCCUCACCCGAAGAAGCACAGGGGCCGGUGGAGGAGCCAGUGGAGAAGAAGACGGAUAUCGGCGCCGGUGGUGAGGAGAAUCGGCGGUGA